AUGGAGGCGAUCCGGCGCCUGCUGCCGAGAUCUUCCCUGGCGGCUCUGUUCUUCGCGGUGCUCACUGUCGGCGCGUUCUUCUGCACGCGCUACCUCGACUCCUCGGUCACUCUCAUAGAAAGGAGCGCCCCUCGAAAACCGAUAUUACCCGCUAACCAACUCAAAGACCGCCACUCCUCCCAAACCCAACAUAUAACUGCCCCUCAACUCCUCGACAUCCCCUUGAACUGCACUCACGACAACCCGGCCCAUGUGUGUCCCGCCCGUUACUACCCGUCCAGAGUCCCGCCGCCGCCUCUGGCCGGGUGGGCCCUGUCAGGCAGUUGCCCCGUCUACUUCCGAUGGAUUCACGAAGACCUGUGGCCAUGGAGGGAAACUGGCAUCACUGAGGAGAUGGUUAUGAAUGCAUCCCGCACAGCCAACUUCCGGCUGAUCAUAGUCGGUGGGCGGGCCUAUGUGCAGACCUACAAGAAGUCCUUCCAGAGCCGGGACACCUUCACCCUUUGGGGCAUCCUGCAGCUGUUGAGGAGGUACCCAGGGAAGGUACCCGAUUUGGACCUCAUGUUUGACUGCGUUGACUGGCCCGUCGUCAAGAAGCAACUGUUUAGUGCUCCCAAGUACCGGGCCCCACCGCCUCUAUUCCGCUACUGUGGGGAUGAUGAGACGUACGAUAUCGUGUUUCCCGACUGGUCGUUUUGGGGAUGGCCGGAGAUUAAUAUAAAACCAUGGGAGCAGUUGUUGAAGGAAUUGAAGGAGGGGAAUAAGAGGAUGAAAUGGAGUGACAGAGAUCCGCAUGCUUAUUGGAAGGGAAAUCCAGUGGUUGCCACUACUCGGAUGGAUUUACUCAAGUGUAAUGUUUCACAUAAACAGGAUUGGAAUGCUCGGGUCUAUGCUCAGGACUGGUUAAAAGAACAAAAACAGGGCUACAAGCAGUCAGACUUAGCAAGCCAAUGUGUUCACAGGUACAAAAUCUACAUUGAAGGGUCUGCAUGGUCGGUGAGCGAGAAAUACAUUCUGGCCUGCAACUCCGUAACUUUGCUCGUGAAGCCUCACUACUAUGACUUCUUCACGAGAAGUUUGAUGCCUUUGAAACAUUACUGGCCGAUUAAGGAGGACGACAAAUGUAGAUCCAUCAAGUACGCUGUUGAAUGGGGAAAUAGCCACGAAAAAGCGGCUCGGGCCAUUGGUAAAGGUGCAAGCAGAUUCAUUUUCGACGAACUGAAAAUGGACUAUGUUUACGACUACAUGUUCCAUCUCUUGAGCGAGUACGCCAAGCUCUUGAAAUACAAGCCAACUGUGCCACCAAAGGCUGUUGAGCUUUGUUCUGAGUCGAUGGCUUGCUUCGCGCAAGGUUUCGAGAAGCAGUUCAUGACUGAGUCAUUGGUGAAGGGCCCGUCGGCUUACGGGCCGUGCGAGAUGCCUCCGCCUUACGGCCCGGCAUCUCUCCAUUCUGUUAUUGAACAGAGAGAUAAUGGGAUAAAGAAAGUGGAGGACUGGGAAAGGGUAUAUUGGGAUAGUCAUGAUAAGCAAAUGUAG